AUACAAUUCAUGAGCUGUCAUUGAGAUUGAAACGGUGUUUACUCUCCUCCUAGAGGGAUCAAUUUGGUCCAGGCUAGAUGAGAACAGCCGUUCUUUAUCUGAAUGCUGUCAUGAUAUCAAGACGAUAAACGAUCAGCCGCCUUCAGAAUGCGUCGCUGCGUAGAAAGAUCAGUAGCGGCUAGAGUUGCGUUUGCAGCUCGUAGUCAUCAUGUCGCAUCAUCCUCGCCCUUCUCGUCUCUUAUCGCGCGCCGGUUACUGACCCGCUCCUUUACCAUUACUUCUCAGCACCGACAGAGUGCAUUUCACUCCCUGUUAGAGGAAUCUGCUCCGUCGGACAUUAUAUCCUCUUUCAAAACAGCUACCCAGACACCACAAACCCUAACAGAGAAGAUAGUACAAAGAUAUUCGGUAGGCCUUGCGACAGGGAAGAAAGUAAAAGGGGGCGACUAUGUCACCCUCUCUCCUCAUCGCUGCAUGACCCACGACAACUCGUGGCCAGUUGCUCUGAAAUUCAUGUCCAUCGGCGCCUCUAAAAUUCACAACAACGAGCAGAUCGUCAUGACCCUCGACCACGACGUGCAAAACAAAAGCGAGGCCAACUUAAAGAAGUAUCAACAGAUCGAAAACUUCGCCAAAAAGCAUGGAAUCGAUUUCUAUCCUGCUGGAAGAGGUAUCGGUCACCAAAUAAUGGUCGAGGAAGGCUACGCCUGGCCUGGCACUGUCACAGUUGCUUCGGAUAGUCAUAGCAACAUGUACGGAGGCGUGGGAUGUCUAGGCACUCCGAUGGUUCGGACUGACGCAGCUAGCAUAUGGGCUACUGGUAAGACGUGGUGGCAAAUUCCUCCUAUCGCUAAAGUGACAUUUACUGGAAUCCUGCCGCCAGGCGUCACUGGAAAAGAUGUCAUCGUCGCCUUAUGCGGUCUCUUCAAUAACGAUGACGUCUUAAAUCAUGCCAUCGAGUUCACCGGUUCUGAAGAGACUAUGUCAAGUAUCCCGAUUGAUGACCGACUCACCAUCUCCAAUAUGACUACCGAAUGGGGUGCUCUGACUGGGCUAUUCCCCAUAGAUACUGUUUUGACGAAGUGGCUACGAGCCAAAGCUAGCGCAUCAGCCGUGCUAGGUGGCGAUGGCUAUACACUGAACCAAAUCGCCCACACGGAUAUCGACGUCUUAAUGCAAAACAAAUUGACUGCUGACCCUGGAGCUACGUACGCCAAAUCCUUGUAUCUGAACUUGUCGACCCUAUCACCUUUCGUUGCGGGGCCGAACUCCGUCAAAGUCGCCACCCCCCUUCGCGAUAUAGAGGCUAAGAGUAUUAAACUCAACAAGGCCUAUCUAGUCUCAUGUACCAACUCGAGGUCCUCGGAUAUUGCAGCUGCCGCGAGGGUGUUUAGGGAGGCUGCCACCAACGGAAACGAGCCGAAGAUAGCGCCAGGCGUCAACUUUUACAUCGCUGCCGCGUCUCUUACGGAACAAAAGGCAGCUGAGGAGGCUGGGGAUUGGCAGAUCCUCCUGGACGCCGGUGCCCAGCCUCUGCUAUCAGGCUGUGGUCCUUGCAUCGGCCUUGGUACCGGUCUCCUCGAACCAGGUGAGGUCGGUAUCAGCGCUAGCAACCGUAAUUUCAAAGGGCGCAUGGGCUCCACUGAAGCCAAGGCUUACCUUGCAAGUCCCGAAGUUGUCGCAGCUAGCGCGUUGCAGGGCAAGAUUGCCGGUCCUGGUUGGUACCAAAAGCCGGAAGGCGUUGAGAAGGUAAUCAUCGGCGAGGGCAAUGGCAACUUUGAGCAGGACAAAGCUAUGAGCAUCGAGGAUGCGCUAGAGAAGAUCAUUGCACAGGCCGAUACAUUGAUAUCGGGGGCUGAGCAAGACGGGUCAGGUGGCGAGCCCUCGGAACCCAUCAACGGCGAAGAGACACUUACCGACAUUCUCCCUGGCUUCCCCGAAAAAGUCGAGGGCGAGAUCGUCUUUUGCGAUGCUGACAACAUCAACACCGACGGCAUCUACCCAGGAAAGUACACGUACCAAGAUAACGUAUCUACCGAGAAGAUGGCCGAGGUCUGCAUGGAGAACUACGAUAAGGGCUUCCAGGGAAUCGCACGUGCCGGGGAUAUCCUCGUUUCGGGCUUUAAUUUCGGAUGUGGUAGCUCCCGUGAGCAGGCAGCUACCGCCAUCCUCGCGAAGAAGAUCCCUAUUGUUGUUGCAGGAAGCUUCGGUAACAUAUUCAGCCGUAACAGCAUCAACAAUGCCUUGAUGGGUGUCGAGGUACCAAAAUUAGUAAAGAGGUUGCGCGAGGUGUUUCGAGCCGCGAGUGAGGAAGACAAGUUGCUGACGAGGCGCACCGGCUGGAAGUUCCUCUGGGACGUGAGGAGGAGCAAGGUUACAGUCGUUGAGGGCGAAGGUGGCCAAACGUGGAGCCAGAAGGUCGGCGAACUGCCACCUAAUGUACAGGAGAUCAUUGCCCGCGGUGGGCUCGAGAAAUGGGUUAAGCACCAGAUCUCGUUGGUAGAGACAUAAGAGCUCCAAGGCUACCAUUGUAUAUAAAAGAGUCCGAAAAAAUAGUAAAAGCUAAUUGUCUACACAA